AUGGGAGUUUAUAAAAAUGAGAACAUAUUCGGAAACGGUCUCACCAGUGGCAGCCCUAGGGCGGUGCGAGGUAUAGCAGUCUUCCUAGCAUCGUUAACAAUCCUGAACUGCGUAUGGUCCCCUGAGAGAGUGACGUCAGACUCCAAUAAACUCGUGCGCAUCAUGUAUCUGUACGACUAUAGGGAAUGUGGGUAUAAGCUAAGGAAAGCGAAGUCCAUACAGAAUGUGCUGUUGAACAAUGAAUCUUCGAACGUAAAUGUCAUUCCAAUCAAAUGGACGCCGGCUGUUAUGACAGUUAGUACACGACUCAGCGCUAAGACCAGAACGUAUAUAGAAGUAAGUAUCGGUUUCCACGCUAUUUGGAUGCUUUUUGCAAUUCUCUUGUGGAUAUUCAUCAAAGUGAAGUCGAUAAAAUUGAAAUAUCUCAAGUUAAACCUGAAUGUGUUCAUGUACUACUCUUUGUUCAUGGUGGUUUUCGACAUAUCUAUGGCCAUAGUCUAUGUUGCCCAUAUACAGAAGAGUCUUACCAAUGGGAUGGUUUUAAGAUACAGUGGAUGGGCCGUCGAAAUAAAACUCGAAAACUACGACAUGUUCGCUGGAUGGAUACCAAUGGUCGCCUCGGCCUGUUGGCUGAGAGGCAUCCUCAUCAUGGUCUGCAACGUGUACAGCAUCAAAAAAAUAAGAUUCAUCAUCCACAAAAUAAGGAAGAAAGAAGUCAAAAUAAAAAUGGCUCAAGAAGGAUAUCUUCCUAUACCAGACCCCACAUUAUUGGGGGAGGAUCAUUCAGAAAUCUUGUUCUGCCGAACCCCGUAA